GGAGUAGUGCUGCGCUGUGCUCGCCAGGCGAGGCCACAAACCCCGCCCCCCCUCCUUAGUGUAUCUGUGACCAUCGAGGAGGGAGGACGUGACCCGCUCGCUCCUGACUCGCUCUCUCCUUACCUGUCCGCGGCCCGCGCUCACAGCAAGGGGAAGCUUGAGUCUCGUGUGCGAUUUUGUGUUUCCAGCAUCUCACAGCCACACACCAGAUUGUCAUAGUGUCUUGAGAACCGUUUGCUAUCGAGUUUAACAAUGAAAUCAAGACGCAAAUAUGUUUAGUGGCACGUGUAUUACUACGGUCUCAAGUGGAAAGCUCUUGGCGAUGAAAAGAAAGACUAUGAAACCCAGCUGUAUGUCAUAACCCAGGAGCCACUGAAGUGUUCAGGAGGUGAACGGAGGAGAUAAUAACAAGAAACCUGGAAAUUAUAUCCAUCGCUCACUAGUAUAGCGAGUGUGGAACAAGUGGACAGGUGGAGUGGCUCAGAAUCCGGGAAAGUACUUCUGGGAGCGGCAGUGAUAUGUUUUUGAUAUAAGUGAAGCGCAGAACGAAGCGACGAGGAUUUGCUUGAAUGGUUGCUUCAGUUCGCCGCCUCAGCCUCGUCGAUCAGUCCAAGAUGUCCAGCGCGCGUGACCGGCGAGACGGGGGUCGGCUGGACUGGAGGGGGGCGGCGGGGAGGAAUAACUACUCCAUGUCCCUGCUCCUGCUUCCACUCCUGUUCCUGAGCGCGGCGGGCAGUGGGCUGAGGCAGAGAUUCGCCAACCAGCCUUCGCCGCAGACCGCCGUGAUCGGGUCAACGGUGGUGCUGCCGUGUCGCAUCAUCAACAAGGUCGGACAGCUGCAGUGGACGCGAGACGACUUCGGCCUCGGCAACGAACGGGAGUUGUAUGCCUUCAAGCGGUACACGAUGAUUGGGUCUGACGAGGAAGGGGACUUCAGCCUACGCAUCAGCCCCGUCACGCUUGAGGAUGACUCGUACUUCCAAUGUCAAGUCACGGGGUGGAAGGAUAUCCCCGGCGUGAGGUCCCAGACGGCCAAGCUGACGGUCUAUGUCCCCCCGGAGCCGCCAGAGAUCACGCAAGGCCCAGUCGUCACCACCACAGCAGGGGCGGGCGUCCAGCUGACCUGCAUAUCCAAGGGAGGAAAGCCAGCAGCCGAGAUUCAAUGGCUGGACGGCUCGGGGCGGGAGGUGACGGAGGGGAUCGAGUACUCCACGGAGCUGAUGUCGGACGAGCACCGCCGCAACGCCAAGUCCACCCUCAGCUUCCUUGCCAAGCGGGAGCACCACAACACCGUGUUCACCUGCACCGCCUCCAACCCCGCCCUCCACCAGCCCUUCAGAACGCAGGUGCGGCUGGAGGUGAGUUACCCGCCCGAGGUGACCAUCACGCACGACCAGGACGGCUACAUGGAGGGCCAGACCGCCACCCUCACCUGCUCCGCGUCAGGCAACCCUUCGGUGCUCUCCUACAGGUGGUACCGCAACGGGAAGCUGGUGGAGGGGAACAACUCGACGCAGCUGAAGGUGAAGCAGGUGACGCGGGACAGCAACCUGGAGGACAUCACGUGCGAGGUGUCCAACGAGGUGGGCACGUCGCGGAAGAUCACCAGGCUCUCCAUACACUACGGUCCUUCCUUCCGCGCGCCUCCCAGCGACCAGUACGCCGAGCUCGGGGAGAACGUGACCCUAAGCUGCCAGGUGGACUCCAUGCCGGACCCCACCAUCGUGUGGAUCAACCAGCAGACGCAGACGGUGGCGGGCACGGGCUCGGAGCUGCGCGUGUCCGUCUCCAAGGCCACCGUGGGCGUGUACCAGUGCAUUGCUAAGGUGGAGGGCUUCCCGGAGAUCUCAGACACCGUGGGAGUGUUCCUCAAGGGUCCCCCGCAUGUGCGCUCCGAGAGGAUCCAGUGGGGCAAGGUUGGGGACACGGUGCUGGUGGAGUGCCUCAUCACCUCCGCCUCCGCGCGCUCCGUUACCGUCACCUGGAGCCACAACGGACAGGAGGUCGACUUAGAUGAAGGCAGGUUCGAAGUGACGGAGGAUGUUACGGCCCAGGGCUUGCGUCACACCCUUGUCGUGCACAAGGCCCAGGCGAAAGACUUUGGACCGUACAACUGCUCCGUCCAGAAUGCCUUUGGGUCUGACGUCUUCGAGAUCAUCCUCAACAAAAAGAAGACCCUGCCACUGCUCCUCAUCUUGUGUGGAGUCACGGGAGGCAUAGUCUUCGUGUUGGUGGCGGCGCUGGUGGUCAUCAUGUGCGCAAAGAAGUCCGCCGCUAAACAGAAAGACACGAAGACCGGCGGAGGGCUACCGGAGAAGACCGUGGCGCUGCAGAUGACCGACCAAAACUCAACCGCCAACGAGUCAGACCUGAAGGUGGAGCUGGACCAGCGGACGGGGUCUUCCAUGAGCAACAAGGAAGGUGACCUGGACGGAUGGGGGGGAGGGGAGAAGGAAGGGGAGCAUCCAGCCACCCCCAACUACCUCACCUCCACCAACUCGUACCUCUACCCGGAAACCUUCACUGGCAUCCCCCUCAAGAUUAACGGUCACCUGAACAGUAACGGAAGUGGUCUGUCGUACGGCAACUACGCUGACCACACCACCAUGGCGACCACCACCCAGCAACAGCAGCAACAGCAACAGCAACAACAGCAGCAGCAGCCACAGGCACAGCAGGCACAGCAGCAGCAGCAGCAGCAGCAGCAGCAGCCCUCCUCUCCCUCCAGCGGCUACCUCCUGGGUGGAAACAACAUCACUCCUAGCGGGGGCGUGAGUGUGGGCGGCUCGGGCUUCACGCACACGCCACCGGGCCUCGUCACCUCUAGCCAACACAACUUGUACACCGGCUACGGCGAGUAUGAUGCAGGCCGGGACGCGCCUGACGGAGUGCAUGGCUUCUCGCCGGGGUAUAACAACGGCUUCACCAACCACAGCUUCAAGACCUCCUCCGGUACCCUCCCUCUCUCCCUCCACGUCAACUCAAGAGGGAACGGCGGCGUGACUGCCAACGCCACUUCCACCAUUCCUCGGCUUGGCAUCCCAGUGGACCCGAGUCAGUACAUAGUGCCCCCACGAACCCAGGUGUUGCAAGGUGCGCUAGCCACACACGUCUGAUCCACGGAUCGCCCUGGUCAAGCCUCACCUUGUUAUUACUGAGCAGCCGGAGAGCGUCGGGCUGAGCCACAUUUGGAGAAGCGACAACAUGCUGUGCGGAAGCUUCGGCCGUAGUGAGUGUCCCGGCGGCGUGCUGUGCCGUGUACAUAUCUAGGGUCCAAUAUAGGCUUUGUAUACUCGAGUGUGUGAGCAUGACUCGCGCCGGCCAGGACAGGCGCCCCACCCUGCUGCCCCGGCCACGACCCUUGGCGGGGCCUGUGGACGAGGGGAGGAGCGCGCCCCCCGCAAGCCUUCCACUGCAAGACUACGGCAAGACGGAGAUUAGAGAAGCGUUCCUACUGUGGUGCAAUAGUCGUAAGAUUAAGUCGAUGUACUAAAGUGUGAAAUGUUUUUUUUCUUAGAAACAUACCGAGAAUGCUGUUCUCUGUUCUCCAUAAAGUUUGAACAUUUGAAAAAGCUCGUCAGAGUAGAAGGUGAUAUUUUCCAUGUAUAGAAAAAGUUCUCCUUAUAUACACAUACACACACAUAUGACCCAGGAAUCUUACAUUAUAUUAAUAUAUUGCUGGGAAUAUAUUUUACAUUCAAGCGAUCCCCCAAUCCAAUGUACCGUAGAGCUGUAGUGGCCGCGGGGCUCCUCGAUACCCAAGCCCGAGUCCCUCCCCGGCCGGCGGAGCGGGAACGAGUGCGGGCGAUCGGCUGCAACACACGGAGAGUCAGGCCUUCAGAGUGGCUCUUGAAGCUGGCCCAUAAUCAAGCGGGAGUUGCAGUCAAGCUUUCAUGCAGCUUCAAAAUUCGACCUUGUGGCAAGUAGCGAGUUGUGAGGAGGCAGGGGCGGCCCGGCGCCGUGCGCUGCCGCCCCUGUACGCCCCUCCUAGCCUUGCCGUGCUGCAGGGGAACAGUAUCUUGCACGUAUUGGUUCCGCCAUAAUUCGAGUCUCAGGGAAGCAAAAAUAUUGCUACAAAUUUGGGAGAGGGUAACCUUAGCUCACAACGCUUAUGGAGAAUACAGCCGAGGGGUUAAAGAAACAGUAAACAAGCAGCUCUCCAGCGAUCUUCAUCUGGCCCGCUUGAAUUUCUGGCGUGUAGUCCUUCACCCCCCCCCCCUUCCGAGGAGCACCAGACCCCGCGACCGCUCGCUUCACGUCUUGUUGGCUGUUGUUGUUGUUGUUGUUGUUACAGUAUUUUGUGAAACGUAAACAUGACUGAAAUAAAUAAGUUCCUUUGAUUUAUUCUGCCGAGGAACCAACCAGAGUAACUUCUCUAGUCGGCUUGGACCCGCCUCCCCGCCGGGCCGAGGGACACUCUCGCGCAGGGGCUCAGCAUGGCCGGCCAGAGAAGUGGCUUGCGCUGCGCCGCCUCGCCGCUUGCUGCACGUGUGGUCGCCGCGCAGGGAACUGUGCCUAGCGUUGUAGUCAGGCUGCGUGCCGCGUGCCGCGCACCCUUCCGUGAACACAUUGGCUCGGUACUGUGCACACGAGACAAAUGACAUCCUUAAUUAGAGAAAAGUGCCACAAACCAAUAACCAAUGUGGAUUAUCACUGUCCUUGUGUGUUUGUUUCCUGUGGACACGCCAGAAACAACGAAAUUCUCCUAUAAAUGCCAGACAGGACACCAAUAAGCUAUACGAGAAGGAUGAGUGUUCCUUUAGGGGCGAAAGGACAGUGUCCAGGAAUGUCUCAUUAUAUACUCGUGAUACAUCAGUGUUAAUUAAUAUCUUCCUCUUUUUAGGUGUGGUUACUAGUUAUAUACCAUGUACACAUCAAGUAACCGAAAAAAUAUAUUUAUCAAGCAAUUCGCAAUACUAUUGUAUUGUGUAGGAAGAUUUCCUCCCAUAACGGCAUUUAUGAGAGUGGCAGAGCCGGGCAGGGCCGCCACCACCGCCGCCGGCACUCAGCCCUCGCUGUCCUCUUCCUCCCCGUCCCUGACCUCCACAUCCCCAGUCUUCCUGAUUGUUUGUUGCCAUUUAGACCAUCAGAGCGUCGGUAUGUGCAGGCUGUUGACCAGGGCUGAUCAAGCCCUGCAGAGAGGAAACGGAAUACUCGCAGCCCCGCCAGAGGGCCAGAGGCGGAGGCUCAGCGACCCUCUGCUGCACGUACAGCACCGUCAGAACAUUGAAAUACGCAGGAUUCUCUCUCUCUCUCUCUCUCUCUCUCUCUCUCUCUCUCUCUCUCUCUCUCUCUCUCUCUCUCUCUCU